CAGAAAUCGUGAAACAAAGUUUAACUUCAUGUGACUACCAUGCCGGAAGACUCUUUGGACUUUCAUGUAAGCGAGACUCAUUACGAGAGAAAAGUUCAAGUACCAGGCUCAAUGGUCCGUGUGGUCACUUUGUUGAAUCGAAUUAACAUAUUUGGUGAAGUCAAUAAAUGCAGAUUUAAACAUGACACAAAAUGGAGGUGUACUAUAAUCACUGGGAUUAAAAUUGGUGAUUGACAUAUAAAUUUACAUAAAUUAACAAGUAAAAAUACCGAUGUUCAAGUGAUGAUAUGGAAGAUGAUGGCCGCCGCUGAAAGUUGUACGCUUAUUACAUUCGUGUUCGUAUAGCUUUGACUUUCUUUCAAUUUAGGGUUGCAGCUGUCUUCUCCCCAUUUUAAAAUACCAAAGGAUAAUGGCGGUGGUUACUUUCACUGUGCCUGGAGCGCAUACGAUCGGCAAUGAAGUUCGAAUCAUCCUACAAAACAUGCGAAAUCAUCGUUCAUCAUAAUUUUAGAGCUUCGUCGCUAUACUCUCGAAGAAAGAAGAGGGACACAUUCUUACACCACACUUCUUUUAUCGGUUUUAAAUCAUUUCAAAAUACUGCAUAAGAUUUCUACUUUGUAACUUGGUCAAUUAAAACUGACAUAACGAUUAUGAAACGGACGAUAACCAAUAAGUAGAAAGUACUUAAUGUCGGUUCUACUGUCAACAAAAGUAGAGAGGUCAUCUUUGAGACCAACAAACAGAAUUCAGGGGAUAAUACUACGGAAUAGAUUUCACUUUUUUUAUUGCUAUUCCGUAAAAAGGAAACUCAUCUUAGAGUCCCUUUUACUGCCUCUUAUACAUUUAUGGAUAGUUAAUCAUGUAUAUUGGCGGAUGUGGUAGAAUCUCUAGGGAAAAUGGCGGUGUAGGAGAAAGGGAGAAAUAUAAUAAUUUAAAGCGUUAGAAAUUUGGCAAUUUCAGAAUAUGAAUUGGGAAUUUAGGAUUUGUAAUGUCAUGAUGAUAUAAGGGUAUUUGACCCACACUAAACAAAAAUUUUAGUUACAUUAAUGAAGUAUAUUUUUGAACCAAUAAAAUAUGCUAAACAUUUAUGGCCUCACGUGAGUCACUGUGUAUGCUUUUAAUGAAUUCAAGCUGGUUUUCGAGGCGAUUCCUACAUAAUUGUAAAAGAAACCACGGCGACCAUGACACCGAAUGUUUUGCUCAUCGAUUUCUCGAAGAUUUAUUUUCUAAAUCUUAGGAAGAGGUUGUGAAAGAGUUAGUCGUGGAGAAAGAACGAGUAGGCCAAACUGGAAAAUACCAGAGACGCUCGUAAAGUAUCUAAUUAUUUUCUUUAGAUUAGCUCUCCGAGAGAAAGACAUUAAUUACUUCACUAUUAUCAACACGCGAUUUCCAUUUGCUUUACGUAAAUUCCGACUGUUAUCACUCGAUUAAUUCGCCAAUUAGAAUACACAAAUGUAAUGAGAAAUUAAUUAGAGAAGUUAUGCAAGUUCCUAAAUUUCCAAACUUCAUGUGUAACGUAGUAUAUUAGUAAAAUUAGGGUAUAAAAUUCAAUCCGGGUAAAAAUCCUAGUUAAUGUUCUUUCCGUGGUUUUAUCCAUUAUUUUUGUUGUUUUCGAACCGCCUAAAAUUGUAGUUUCACCGUAAAGCAAGGACCCAGCCGGGUUUCCGUGGCACGCAAGCAAAUUUCGCGAGCUCUGAGGGUCAUUAAUAUUUUAUACCGUGUACGACCGAUAAUUUCGUUCUCAUUCCUCGUUCGUGGCAACUCUCACAUUGCAUCUAAUCUUCUCCCGAUGGUUGCGUAAUCUGUGCCAUGUUCUGUGCUCCAGGGCGAUUCAGUUGGGCAAUGAAAUUCUGUCGACGUCACGUGGACCUCCGAAAUUUGACCGCAGGGCUAAAAGACCGCACGUGUUCAACGAGAAAUUUGUAACGUCUACCUGAACCUCCACACGGAAUGAAUUAGAAAUGCAAAACCGAUUGAUUAAUAAUAAGAUAAAGAAGAGAGUCUAUUGAGAUCCCUUUUGAUACAGUGAAGAAUCUAGUUGUCUUCUACAGAUAAGAUUGAUAAAGCUGAUUGGAUUGGAUUGAUGGACAAUUUACAACUUCCACAUUGCAUAGAAUGCUCAGUGAAUCAGUGAUAUCAGUGAAAGCAAACAACUACACAAUCAUACAAAACUUGCUUUUACUCAUGAUUAAAUACCAGCAUUCGUAGGAUCACGUUACUUCCUUCGUUGAACCAACUUCUUAUUGCAUCUUGUUCCUCUUCUUUUAUUUCGAUAUUCUUCUUUCACUUCGGUUGCUUCCUCGAAAGUGUACAGAUUACAUAACUCAUUAAUGUUGAUAGAUCAACAUAUUACGAAUCUGUAAUUUAUUCGUCAUGUUACUUUAAACAAAUAAUCAAUACCUGUCUUUUUACGUACUCAUGUGCAUAAAUGCGAUACGUAUCGAUAUGUUCACACUUCAUAUUUGUUAUGCUGACUGUCAAGAUUAUUAAUAUGCUGACUAGUACGUCGAAGCGAUUGAAACUUUCAUUAGUUAGUAUAUAUUUCUACAAUUUCUAACGAUACAUAUUCAUAUAUGUGUUGAUGCAAAUAGAUUUUAAAUGAACAUUAAUAUUAUUAUAGUUAAUAAAUUUUAUAUUUUGAAACGAUUAAAUUUGUAAUAAGAUAACGUGAUUUAUUAACAUGCAAGAAUUUAAGAAAAAGAGGAAGAAGAAGUAAAAGAAGAUGACUUCAAUGAAACGAAGAAAUUACCUUAGAAGAGCUAUGGACCUCACACGAUCUUCAAGUUCUCCUAUUGAGUAGUGUCGACAGCUCGAAACGUGGGAAAAUAUAGUGAGAAGUGAUCGCAGAACAAUGUUACGAAAAAAGCACACGUUUCAUGUCAGGGCGACUAGACGCUUAGGCGGAGGAACAUUCGCUAUAAAAGGCUCCGGUACCACGAGGAAUUCGUCAGAAAAGUGACGAACCGUAACAAAAAAAAGGCGGCAGUGGUUGCCGUUCUUUUUUUUUCUUCUGUGAACGACACACGCACUCCGUCGUGAAGAUGCGGUACAGCCUGCUGCUGCUAGGCUUCUUUCUAGUCUCCACCCUUGGAGAUCCUAUCAGGACAAAGAAAGAAGCUCCGUUGAGUCCGCCUCCGAGUCAAUAUGGUCCACCAUCGACUUCUUAUGGAGUUCCAAACGUAGGAAGUUCUUAUAACGCACCGUCUGAUUCCUAUGGCACUCCACUAGCUUCGUCGUACAGUGCACCUUCGUCUUCUUACGGUGCACCAUCAGGACCUUCGCACGGUGGAUCAGGACCAUCGUCCUCUUACGGUGCUCCGUCAGCACCUUCAUCCUCAUACGGUGCUCCGUCGUCUCACGGCGCUCCGUCUUCGUCUUACGGUGCUCCAUCAGCUCCUUCGUCGUCUUAUGGUGCUCCAUCGGCUCCUUCCUCCUCCUACGGUGCCCCAUCGUCUCACGGUGCUCCAUCUUCCUCUUACGGCGCACCAUCAGCCCCAUCUUCCUCCUAUGGAGCCCCGUCUGACCAUGGCUCCUUCGGAGGUGACCAAGGUUACAGCAGUGGAGGGUCCUUCAGCGACCACCAUAGCGGUGGAGGUCAUGGAUCCUUCGGAGGUGACCAGGGCUCCUUCGGAGGAGGCCACGGAUCCUUCGGGGGAGAUCAUGGAUCCUUUGGAGGCGAUCAUGGUGGCGGUGGAGGAGUAUCGUCCUCCUAUGGAGCACCGUCGCAGUCCUAUGGACCCCCUGCUCAAUCCUAUGGCCCUCCUGCCCAGUCAUAUGGGCCUCCCGCUCAGCCACAAGGACGUUGGGAGAAGAAGCUAACGUGGAAGGCUGAAUGGAAGCAAAUCUGGAAGACGGAGCAGAAGUUGACCUGGAAACAGGAAUGGAAAAAGAUACAGGUUCCAGUAUGGAAGGAGAUCCAGGUUCCAGCUUGGAAGGAAAUCAAGGUACCAGUCUGGAAGAAGGUGCAGAAGCCUGUCUGGAAGGAGAUCCAAGUGCCAGUGUGGAAGGAAGUCCAGGUACCUGCUUGGAAGAAGGUCUGGAAGCCGGUGUGGAAGGAAGUCCAAGUGCCCAUCUGGAAGGAGGUGCAGGUGCCGGACUGGAAGAAGAUCUGGGUACCUGAAUGGAUCAAGGUCGGCAUCCCUGGAGAACAGUACGUCGGUAAGGAUCAGCAUGGAUGGCAGUACACGAGUCACGAUCUCUGGAAGAAGAAGCUGAUCUGGAAACCGGUGUGGAAGAAGGUCUGGAGGACGGAGAAGAAGCAGGUGUGGGUCAGCGAGAAGAAGCUGGAAUGGAAGGCCGAGUGGAAACAGAUCUGGAAGACGGAGAAGAAGCAGGCUUGGGUGUCCGACAAGAAGUUAGUCUGGAAAGAGGAGUCGGUUCAAGUUUGGGUACCGGAGAAAAAACAAAUUUGGGUCACGCAGAAGAAGCAGGUAUGGAAAGACGAAUGGAAGAGCAAAUGGGUGCCAGUUUGGAAGGACGUGCAGGUACCCGCGUGGAAGAAGGUAUGGAAGCCCGUUUGGGAGAAAGUUUGGGUAGCGGAGCCCCACCAUGACGACCACCAUGGAUACAAGUAAAUUCCUGUCGUGAGAUCGUC